UGGUGGGGGCCGAGGGUGGUGCCCCACCCCGCACCAGCUUAUAGCCCUCGCCCAGGCUGUGGCAGCCUGGCAAGGAGGAGGCGACCCGGCCGGUCGGAGCUGGUUUGUUAGAGAGGUGCGCAGCGCUGGGGGAGCCUGGCGAGGAGGCGGCGGCGACUGGCGGGGGCCGGGUCCAGGGCGCUGGUGUGGCCAGAGAGACUCCCAGUGGUCCUGUGGAAGCGAAUCACGCAGGCUGCUCCCCAGCCAUCUUUCCCGGCGCCCGCAUCCUGCCUUCGAUGGUUAGGUCUGGCGAUUUCAGGCGGCAGGAUGCAUCUGUAAGAGGAGCGGCUUGAGAAAAAGUUGAGCAAGAAAAUAGCGUGGAUUUCUGGAGGCUUACUUUAAGGCUGGUAACUUUCUGCAAGGAAGGAGAGGAGAACGAAACGGGAUCAAUUUUCUGCAGGACAGCCUGCUGUCUGCUGUAGGGCUUAAUACAACUGGAACAAAGCAAGGAGGGCGAUAUUGCACCACGUCAGAGCAGAUCCACCUCUAGUGGCAGCUCUGGUGGUGUUGCAGUUGCUGUUAAUCACCACCCUCAACAGAUCAACACCCACCUGGGAACCAUCCAUCCUCCUCCAGCCUCUUCUGAAUUCUGCCUGUAAUAUUGGCUGAGGCUGGUCUUGGGACAGAGGCUAAUUAACUGCUGGACUGGUGAUUGACUAUUUUCCAACUGUAUUGUCUGAAUCAUUGAAAGAUCGGAGUGUGAAGAUACAAAACUGUGACACUUCAGUGGUAGAGGCUGGGACUGUGUUACUGGUGUUUAACUGUGUCUUUUCUGUAACUGGUACUAUGACUGGGGCUGAGAUUGAACCUGGUGCCCAGGCCAAACCUGGAAAGAAGGCUGGAGAAGAGGCUGGAGGUGGGGCUGAGAGAGAGAAUGACAUUCCGAUGGUGGUUAGACCCAAAGUUAGGGCCCAGGCCCAGGCUGUGCCUGGGGCAAGACCCAAAACCGAGUCAAAAGCUAUGAAUGGGACAAGGCCCAGAACUGAGGCCCAGGCAAUGGCUGGGGCAAGACCCAAAACUGAUUUCCAAGUAAUGGCUGGGGCAAGGCCCAGAACUGAGGCCCAGGCAAUGGCUGGGGCAAGGCCCAAAACUGAGUUCCAGGCAAUGGCUAGGGCAAGGCCUAAAUCCGAGGCCAGGGCAAUAGGUGGGGCAUGCCCUAAAACUGAGGCCAAGGCAAUCCCUGGGGCAAGGCCCAAAGAUGAAGCCCAGGCUUCGGCACAGGCUGAGCUCGGGGCCGAGGCAAUGUCCCAAACAGAGGGUAUGCCCCAGACCAGUGCAGCAGCCUGGCCACUGGUCAGUACUGAAUCUGAAUCAGUUGAUAAACCUGUGGCCAUGUCUGUAGAUAGAGAACUGGUAAAUGUGGAUGUUGAGACCUUUCCUGGCUCCCAGGUUCAGUCAGGAAUUCAAUCCUGGUUCGGAUCAGGGGAUGAAACUAAUACAGGCUCUUGGUGUUAUCCCAGGCUCAGGGCCAGAGAGGAAGCCUCUAACGAAUCUGGAUUCUGGUCAGCAGAUGAGACCUCUACUAUUUCUUCUCUCUGGGUUGGAGAAGAGGCCAGUGUCAGAUCAUGGCCCAGGGAAGAGGCCAAUACCAGGUCCAGGCACAGGGCUAAACAUCAGCCUAACUUCCGGUCCAGGCCUGGAUCCAAGCAAGAUCCCUAUAUUGAUUCCUGGUCAGGGUCUGAGGAGGAGUCUAGCAACCCAUUCUGCUUGUGGCCUGGAGAAGAUACCAAUAACUUGUUCAGACCCAGAGUCAGGGAUGAGACAAAUACUAGGUCCAAACUCAGGACAAAGAGAGAGGAUUUUUUUGAGUCUGAGUCUGAAGAUGAAUACUAUAAGGAGUCCUGGUUUUUGCCUGGAGAAGAGACCAAUAGUAGAUUCAGGCCAAGAGAUCAGGAAGAGCCUAAUACUGACUUGAAGCCCAGGGCCCAGAAAGAUGUUAAUAACAGCGAUAGGGUCAAACCGGACCCCAGGUUUGAGGAGGACAUCAUCAUUGGGUCCUGGUUCUGGGCAGAGAAAGAGGCUGGUGUGGAGGCUGGGGCUUCAGCCAUCUGUGAAUCCACCCCAGGGGCUGAGGAGGGGGCCAUUGGUGGAUCCUUGUUCUGGACUGAGGAACCUGAGUCCAAUUUGGGGGCUGUAGCCAGAGAAGAGACCAGGCAGGAGUCUGAAGAAGAAGCCAUAUUUGGGUCUUGGUUCUGGGACAGGGAUGAGGCCUGCUUUGACCUAAAUCCCAAUCCUGUGUACAGGGCUAGUUCCAGGUUCAGAGAUUCAGCUGAGGAGGAAAUUAAGGCAUCAUCCAGGCCCAAAACCUGGGAAGAGGUCACUGUUGAAUUCAAACCUGGUCCUUGUCAUAGGAUUGGCUUCCCAUCCCCAAGCUCCUUUAGAAUUCCUGAAGAAGCAUCCUCUGCAUUUGCUGAAAUGUUUGAGGGAAAGCCCCAGAAUGCGGAACUUACAUCAGAAGGUGAAGAUGAGGCCAAUCAGCCUGAACCUCAAUUCACAUUUCAGUAUGAACCAUCCUACCGGUCAGUCAGGGAAAUUCGGGAUCAUCUUAGGACCAGGGACAGUGCACAGCCUGAGAGUUGGUCCUGCAGCUGUAUACAGUGUGAGCUUAAAAUCAGCUCUGGAGAGUUUGAGGAACUCCUUCUGUUAAUGGAAAAAGUUCGAGAUCCUUUUAUUCAGGAAAUAUUUAAAAUUGCAAUGGGUAUGAGAAGUGCUUCUCAAUUUACCCGAGAUUUCAUUCGGGAUUCAGGUGUUGUCUCACUUAUUGAAACCUUGCUCAAUUAUCCCUCUUCCCGAGUUCGGACAAGGUUUUUGGAAAAUAUGAUUCUCAUGGCUCCACCUUAUCCAAAUCUAAACAUGAUUGAGACAUUCAUAUGUCAAGUGUGUGAGGAAACCCUUGCACAAAGUGUGGAUUCCCCUGAGCAGCUGCUUGGAUUAAGGCUACUGAGGCACCUCACUAUGACUACUGACUAUCACACACUGGUUGCUAAUUUUAUGUCUGGGUUUCUCACCCUAUUAGUGACAGGAGAUGCAACAACAAAGUUUUGCAUUCUGAAAGUACUGUUGAACUUGUCUGAAAAUCCUAUGGUGGCAAAGAAGCUAUUCAGUGCUAAAGCUCUAUCAGUAUUUGUGGGUCUUUUUAACUUGGAAGAGUCACACGAUAAUAUUCAAAUUGUUAUUAAAAUGUUUCAAAAUAUCAGUAAUAUUAUAAGUAAUGGAACAAUGGCCUCAAUUGAUGAUGAGUUCAGUCUUGAGCCGCUUAUUUCUGCAUUCCAUGAAUUUGAGAGCUUGGCUAAGGAACUACAAACCCAAAUAGACAACCAAAACGAUCCUGAGGGGGGGCAACCAAACUAAUAUGUUUGACCUGUCUGUGAUCAGCCUUAUGUUCCCCUAAAGCCCUGAGUAGUGCUUUGGUUUUCAGUUUGAUUGUAUGUUGUAACUUAUAUUUUUAUGCUGAUGUUAACUUUGUCCAAUUCUUGGCUUGAGCUGGUCAUUUUGUGGAUGCCAAAUGAAUAUUAGAGCUGAACACAUUUGUUCAUAUUUGUCUUGCUGUCCAGAUUGCAGUAUUUUUCAGUAUUGAGCGUCCAAUGAACUGAGUCACCUAUGUAAACUACACUGCUAUUUGUUGUUUAAACAUGUGGUUCUGUAUUUGAGUGUAUUUUCAAUAAAGUUCUGUGUGACAAUUGGCAGAAGUGACCCUUCAGUUUAAAAUCCAGGUGCAGAUUCAUUAUGCACACUUAACCAACAUAGAUAAUUAGAAGUAUGGUAAGCAUACCCUCAUUGGAAAAUUCCAUUCCUGGAGCUUAAAGAGAUUACUGAAGGUUGUGGUACUUGAAAAAUGUUUUAGAGAAGAGGGACCCACUUAAAUUGGUCACUGAAGGGUAGGAUAAGACAAACCAUUAGGCCAUUCUUGUAAGUGAGCAGCAGUAGUGUGAAAAAAAGUGUGUAAUUGGAAAAUCUGUUUUAGUAUCCUGGAUGUAUCCUGUCUCCCUGGAGUAGGUGAAACAAGUUUAUUGAGGGAUGUGGUUAGAAUGAGGGCAGUUUGGAGAACUAAAUCAGCCAAAUCUGCAAAUUUUACAACUCGAAGGACAGGUGUUGCUUCAGUGCCACCAAAAGAAUGAAAUAAUAGGGUAGCAUAACAAUUAAAUGGAGUCAGAAAUAAGAUUUUUUUUGUGAUCCUAGUCCAAGGCAAGUAUUAAAGAAAUAGUAUGCAUCUAUUAAAAAUGACCUAUUGGCAUGAGAUGACACAUGCUUUUAUGUCUGGUAAAGUAGAGAAGAACAUUAUGGAAAAAUAGAGGACUGGCUGGUGUGGCCCAU